AGAAGGCGAGAGGGAGGGAGAGAGAGCGAUGAGCAGGGAGUGUUAGUGGCGGGCGUGUUUUUGAGGGAUUAUUUACUUAUUUACCCCUUUUCUACCUAAUGGCGGGGAAGGAUACACGCCCAGGACACCCCAGCACCGCCACGGCUCCUUAGAUACGACAGCGACUGUAGAACGACAACGAAGGAGGAAGGACGACGAAAGAGGACCCCCUUUUGCCCCCCUUAUCCUCCCUGCCUCCUGCCCCGCCCCCCCUCGGAAGUAUGUCAUCCUUGAUCCGUAUCCGAGGACGGCCGAUUCUGGGUCCGAUCCUGAGUGAGGAGGAGAGGGCCCAGGCCAGAGCUCUGAGGGACCGCGCCGUGCAGACCCAACUCAAACACCACCACCGUCACCUCCACCACCACCACCACCUCCACCACCACCACCACAACACAACCACCACUUCCAGGAGUCAGCAGCACAGGAACCAAAAUGAACCGCCAUCCACCACCCGCCACCACCACCACCACCCGUCCCAGUCAUCCACCUCUCACCCGACGUCAUCCACCCUUCGACCAAGCGAGGUGGGUGCACGCUCAUCCUCAUCCGGUCUGAGUGCAUCCGAGGGCCUGGAGGAGUCACCCACCUGGCCCCCGUCACCCGCCUCACCCAACACAUCCGCCAAUGCCCCGGGUGACCGCCAGCCCACCGACGACUCAUCCAUCUCCCUCACCACAACCGCCAGCACGGAUUUGCAGGGGUAUUUCCGCCGCAUGGAUGAUCAGUCAACCGCCUCAAAUUUCUCGUCGUCGUCAUCCGUUCACACGACGACGGUUGGCGGUGGCGGACGCGGUGGUGUGUCAGCCGCCGGUGUCGCUGGUACAUCCAUCUCAUCCACCUCAUCCUGCGAUUCCUGGCAACUUGCAGCAAAUUUGAUAGAAGUGGACCGCGCCCUCCUCAUGAGCUCAUCCCCAGAGGUAGCGACAGACCUCAUCCUCGGCCGCCUCCACCCCUCCUCCGUCCUGCCCCGCCCCGCCCCAGCCCCCGACCCCAAGAUCCCCACCCCAGAGCCCCAGAAUGAGCCCCAGGACGCCGCCACCUCCACCUCCUUCAGUCUGUCUGGGGAGGAGGUGGAGGAGGAGGAGGAGGAGGCGACGGAGGAGGAAGGAGGAGGGAGUUUACCGAGUGAGGUGGAAUCGACGUCGGACGAUGCGAUUCGGGGCAUUCCGGGGCAUCGGGCGGGGCGGGGCGGGGUGCUGGAGGCGGGGCAGCGUGACUCGGGGCGCAGCAGCUCACACAGCGACUAUCUUGAUGACUACCUUGAGCAGCUGACCCGGAGGUGCUCAUCGGGGCUCCUGGGGCUUGAGGCGUCGACGGCAGCACUCCACCCCGCCCCGAUCCCCGCCCCGGCCGCCCCGCCACUCCAGGACCCGAUGCAGCGCUUGCCCCAGGAGGAGCAGCGUUCGUCGUCAGCAGCCUCGGAGCGUCGGGAAAGGAGGGGCGGGGCGGGGUCUGGGGCUGUGCCGGGGCGGAUCAGAAGGUGGUCAGCGGGGCAGCCUCUGGACCCGUCAAGGAGUGUGGGAAGCAAGUGCCUCGAUGACCACCUUGACCCCGAUGACCUCGCUUAUGCCUCCUGCUCCCCCUCCUCCCCCCCUUCCCCUUGCCCCUACCCCCCCACUCCCCCCUCCUCUUCCUACUCCCACGCCAGCCACCAAGCGUAUUUAGACAGUUAUCUCGGACACCUCACGGAUGAUGCCUGGCUACAGUUCCCUUGCCGUCUGUCCUCCCGGAAGCUUGUCUACCUAAGCUCCAACGACUAUCUCGCCUCCGUUAAGAAAGCCUCCGCCUCCUCCACAGCAGCCGUCACCUCCUCCUCCACCUCCACCUCAUCUCCACCCUCCUCCGCGCACCUCCACGCUGUUUCCACGUCCUCCGGUUCCUCCUCCUCACAGCAUCCAUCCUCCUCAUCCUCCUCAUCCGUCUCUCAUCCGGUCGUUCCGCCUAGGUCUGGGUCUUCCUCGUCCUCCUCCUCGUCCUCCUCCUCGCCUCCCUCCAUCACCUCCUCCUCUGCUACUACUAAUAAAACUACUACUACUACUACUACUACUACUACUACUGCUACUACUACUACUACUACUACUUCACUAUCGUCAUCAUCAUCGCCGUCAUCCACGUCCAAUGGCAGCGUGGGUGACCGCCCCGCCGCCCUGGAUGCCCCGCCCAGCCCCGUCUCAAGCCCCGGCCCCACCACCCCGCCCGACCGAGCCAAAGUCAGCAGUGAUGAAGGCAUUGAGGUCAGUGGAAGCCCCGCCACCCCGAGGAGCCCCGACUUGCCCCAGGAAAUGCCCCGGGAAAGUGCUGAGGUGCCCCGGGAAACCACCGAGGUGCCCCAGUUUGUUGUGGGCGGGGCCGUGUCUGGGGUGGUGUCCGGGGUAGGUUCUGGGGUUGGGGCGGGGGAUGACGGGGCGGAGAGCUCGUCGGAGGAGAGCAGUGAGACCGAGCCGAGUACCAUAGUGUGUGUGGAGGAGUGUGGGGUCGGGGCGGGGGAGGGAGCGAUCACCCCGGCCCCAGCCCCGACAGAGGACCACUUGCCCCCGCACACAUCCCCCCGGAAAGACCUCGCCCUGCUACCCCACACGUCGCCACUCCGAGAAGGGGUGGCCCCGCACAUCCACCCACACCCCCGCAGCCCCGCCAAGGACGCCCCGCACCACCUUCCCAGCCCCAGCAAGACCCUGAGAAGCCCCAGACGACAGGACCCAACACCCCAGGACUCCCCGGGGCUGAGGCUUAGGCUUGGUCUGGGCCCCGGGGUACAGGAGGAGGAGGAGGAAGAUGAGGAGGAGGAGUGCCUGGUGGUGCAGGUGUACGGGGGCGGGGCGACGGGGCAGCACCACCAGCAGGAGCAUCAGCAGGUGGUGAGCAUCGUGCCCCAGCGCCGGGAGCGGGGCGGGGCGGGGCAGGAGAGGUCCGAACCGGGGCAGGAAAAGGAAAAGGACCAGAUUGUGAGUUUGGUGCCACAGCGGAGAGACCGGGGCAUGGAUGGGGCCGGGGCGGGAGCGGGGGAGGGGGGGCCGGUCCAGCAGGUAUUGGCACUUCUCCGGGAGCGGCAGGAGCAGGAGGUGGAGGCCCUGCGGCAGCGGCAGCAAGCGGAGGUGCAGCAGUGCCUCCAGCAGCUGCAGGGAGUUGCCCCGGAUCAGCUGGCCUGCCUGCUCGCCCCGCCCGGCGCCCCGGUCAAAGUCGGAGGGCAGAUGACGCUUGUGGCAAACACUUCAACGGCACAACCCGCCCCACCUGACCCGCCUGCCCCGGUGAAGGUCGGGGGUCAGGUUACACUGGUCGCCAAUGCCACGUUCUCACUGGAGGGCGGGGCGCUGCUGCUGGGGCCAGGGCGGGGCAGCGACACCAACAACAAUACCCCGGCUGCCCCGAACCACUACUACAACAACAACAACAACAACUAUUACUACCCCACCACCACCACCACCACCAAGACCACCUCCGACAGCCCCGCCCCGAUGCUGCCCCCACCCCCGAUCCUUCCCCCCGCCAUGGAGUACUACCGCCUGUGUACCCCGGAGGAAGAGGACGACAAGCUGGAGGCAGAGUUGACCCCCGCCCCGCCCCACGCCCCGCCCCACUCCCCACAGGCUCCCCACGUCACCCUCCAGCCUGGCCUCUUUCGCGUCUUCGGAUCUGGCGGGGCGAGCGGGGCAUCCUGGGACAGCCCCCGCCCCACCACCAUCACCAGCCUCCUCGCCAGUCACCCCGAGGCCUUCGCUGAGGAGGGCGGGGCGGGGGAGGGGGCUGAGGCGGGCAGGGCUGGUGGGGCAGGGGGGGAGAGUGGCCUGGACAUGGUGCCCCAGCGGGAAAGUGAAGCGACAGGCCCCGGAAGGUUGCCCCGACACCCCCUGGCCAGGAACCCAGUCUUCAUCCGAGGGUUGGUGCGGCUGCAAGCUUGCAUACGUCGGCAGCUCACCCAGCGGCUCCUCCACACACGGCUGGUACAGGAGCAGGUCGCCACGCUCGCCGAGAUCGCUAAGCUCGCCAGGCAGUUCCACCGUGAUAUCGUAUCCGACAACUUGCGCCGAGGGGACAUCCAGCUCCAUAAGGCCUUGUAUAAACAGGAAGGGCUGGCCAGGGAGAGGAUAUGGCGGGUGUUCCACGGCCUGGGUGUGGGUGAGCAGAUGUCCCUCCUCCGCCACGACCGCAAGCUGGGCCAGGCGGGGGAACACUCACCCGGCACCACCGUCACCCGUCACCCGCCUCACCCGCUGCACCCGGCGAGCAGUGGUAGCAGCAGGGGGGUGGUCCAGGGGGGGAGGAGACCCACCCCCAGCCCCCCCCAGAAGCCCCCCCCGGAGAGCAGGGCAAGAAUCGUCACCCCCAUCAAAGGCCAGUCCCUCACGCACACACACGCGCACACACAGCCCCCCCAAGGCGCACACACCCACGCACACACUCACGCACACUCCCUAUCGCCCCCACACUUACACACACACACGUACACACAGUCCCCGGCCCAUGUGCACCAGCCAUACACGCACACACACCAGACGCGCACACAGCUCCGCUCGCCCAUACACUCACAUGCCUACACCCACGCACAUGACCCCCCCAUGUACACACACGCACACACACACACACGAACGCACACACUCAGCCCCGCACAAACCCACGACAAUAACCCCAACAAGCUUUCCCCGAGGAUCAGCCGCCUGCCCCAGAAGACCCCCGCCCCGCCCCAGGCCCCGCGCUCGCCCCAAGGGGUAGGACGGUGCGCCUCCCACCCUCGCCCUGCCUCUGGUGUCGGCGGGGCGGGGCGGGGCCAGCGCAUGCCCAGUAGGAUCCCGGGGCAGGCUGUUAGCAGGACGCUGUGUUCGGCGCGGACCACAACUCUUGCCAGCCCUAAAAGAGCCCCCCCUCCCCGCCCCCCCACCAACACCCGCAUGGGCUCCGGGGGGCGGCGGCCGUGGCGGUGAUGGCGGCCAGGCAGCGGCGGAGGCGGCGGCGGCGGCUGGGCGGCUGACGACAGGUGGGAGAUGAAGAGAGAGACUAACGAGAGGCUGUCAGGUGUUAUGAAGAUUCCCUCCACUUCCCUCAUCUCCUCCUCCUCUUCCUCCUUCGUUCCCUCCUCCUCUUCAGUUCUCUCAAGUACAUCUAUUAUCUCCGCCUCCUCCUCCUUCACCUCCUCCUCCUCCUCCUCCUCCACGAUCAUCGCAGCCUUCUCCUCUAAUCCCAUCUUCACUAUCUCCUCCUCCUCCUUCUCCCCCUCCUUCUCCUCCCCGACCAUCUCCACCAGUAUUAAGAGGAGGACUAGGUAUCUUCCCUCCACCUCCACCUCCUCUUCCACUCUUCCUUCCGUCUUCAAAAAUAAUGCUACCAGAAAGAAAUCUACCACUACUUCUACUACUACUACUUUUUCUGCUACUAACAGGAACAGAGGUGGUGGUGGUGGUGGUAGUCAGAGGUACCACCACCAUCACCACCCUAACACUACUACUACUACUACUACUACUACUACUACUACUACUACUUCUACUACCAACACUACUAACACUACCAGGUCAGUUAGGGUUCGAAACUGUAUCAUGUGUUACUAAACUUUUCUACUACUACUACUACUACUACUACUAUUACUACUACUACUACUUUUACUCUCUCUCUCUCUCUCUCUCUCUCUCUCUCUCUCUCUCUCUCUCUCUCUCUCUCUCUCUCUCUCUCUCUCUCUCUCUCUUCUUUGAUUUCUAUGUCAUUACUGUGUGUGUGUGUGUGUGUGUGUGUGUGUGU